AUGGUUUGCCAACCAGAAACCAUAAAUGGUCGAACAUUUCUUUACCCUAUUGCUUUCUAUUCUAUUCAGUUCAGUCAGACCCAACAAAAUUACUCUACUGUCGAGAGAGAAUUAUUUGCUGUACUCCAUACACUGGAAAAGGCCCGAUUAAUUCUAUCUCCACAGAUUACAAUUUUUACUGACAAUACAGGGAUAGUAAGUAUUGGGCGAUCUGCUCGCAACACUCAUCCAAGAUUUACCAAGUACCUAGAUAUCCUUAAUGGGUAUCGACUCACAUGGAAACAUAUUCCUGGACCUAAGAAUGUUGUUGCGGAUUAUCUCAGUCGUUUUGGACUAGAUGACCAACCAUACCUACACUUAGCUGAUAUUGAUAAGACAGCCACUGAAAUUGAAUUAAACACAAUUGAUUUGAAAGCAGUUAAUACUGACUACAAUGAUAUCACUAACGCUACUGCUACUACUUCUACAGAUAACACUGCUACUUCUACUGAUAAUAAUACUACUUCUACUGAUAAUACUACUAUUUCUACUGAUAAUGCUACUACAACUAUUACUACUGAAAAUACUACUACAAACACUCCUAUAAACGAUGAAUUAACCGAUGAAUUUAUCAUCGAAACACCAAAUAAUCUAAAUUGGACAGAAAUUCUGUCAAUCAAACAAAUAUUAUCCGAUUCUGCCACCAUCCCAAGAAAAUUUACAAAAGUUAUCAAAUCAUUUGCAAUAAUCAACGAUACGUUGUAUUAUUUCCUUGAUGGUAAUUUAUACAAUAUAAUCAAUGACGCCGAAUAUAUGGAUCGAGCCACAGAACUCCAUAAACUAUUUCAUGCCAGUCACCGAGUGCUUAAACAAAUGAUGCUGACAGACAAAAUUUGGUCCCCAAAUGGUGAAUUACUGACAUUAGAUGUUACCAGAACUUGUCGUCAUUGUGAAGUUCAUCAACGUUUUGUUGAUCUUCCAGUCACACUACCUAGUAUCAUCAAAGUUCCAGUCUUUAGCCGCUGGCACUUGGACUUUGCGGGCCCACUACCAAAAGAUAAUAUAUAUCGCCACUUUCUCAUUGCAGUAGAUUAUACUUCAAAUUUCGUUGUUGUACAACCUGCUAGGGCUGCUGAUGCUGAUACUGUUAAGGAUAUGAUUCUACAUAUUCUCUCCAUGUUUGGUAAACCUGAUACUAUAGUCACAGAUAAUGCUAAAUCAUUUGAAAACCAAGUAGUAAGACCACUUACUACUAAAUUAGGUAUCAAAUAUUUACAUUCAUCUGUAUACCACCCGCGUGGGAAUUCGAAAGCUGAAAGAAGCGUGCAAAUGGUAAAGAAGGUGCUAAGCCAUAUACACCCAAACUACAAAGACUGGUCUUCAAAUAUAUAUUGGGCUGGUAACAUUGUUAACUCAACGAGGUUAAUGUAUGGGUAUGCUCCGGCUGAAAUUGCCUUUGGAAUACCUCCAAAGAUCGACCAAGAGAACUUUAGCAAUCUAUUGAAAGAUUUCAACAAUGAUACAAUGUCACGAAAACCCCAAGGUUAUACUGAACAGGAGGAAGUCCAUCUAGCUAUGCACAAUAUUGAAAGAACGAAGAUAGCUCGCCAGAAAACAAUGGAUGCUCGAGAAAGAAUUAGAGAAAUGUUGAAAUUAACAAGAAAAGGAAAAGAAAGAGACGUCCAGUUCGAGAAAGGUGAAUUAGUCUAUAAAUGGAGACAGAAAACAAAGAAGUCUGAACCUACAUGGGAUGGACCCUAUCGAAUCUGUGGUGUCGUGGGAAAACACACUUAUCUUUUACGAGGUCUUAAUGGUGAAACUAAUGACAAAACCUUCCAUGGUUCUAAAUUAAAACCAGCUUAUUCACACGAAGGAUCUGCUAUUAGAACAGCCGCUGAAUUCACAAGAGUUUAUUCAGAUAAAGAGAGAGACUAUUUUAUUAACACAUUUGAAGAUGUUAUUACUGAUCUUAAUCGACAGGCUGCCAGAAGUUGA